CCGCCUUUCUCGUGGACAGCGGCGCACUGAGCCUGGUGGACGUCCGUACCUUUUCGCGGGGACGCCAUUCGAGCUGUUCACCGCGAGAGAGCAGUCGCUUCUUUCUGUUUACUGCCUCCACCUCUAUGGGGUCAGCUGAAUCGAGCGUGCUUGCCUUCGCGCCGAUCCUACAGAUUUCUACCAAAGCCUCGCAGCGGCUUAUCAAGAUAAUUAGCCAGCGAAGGGUUCAUGGCCGUUCGGUCAACGCGGAGAUAUCUAGAGGCAGAGAGACACGAGGCACGAUGAGACGUCUACUUAUCCCCGCUAUCGAGGCCAAUCACGUUGCGGAGCCGUUCACUGCCGCUUGCAGUUCUCAUGGACCAGUGGGGCCUUCCCAGGUGCGAACGAAGACGCUCGCUACACAUACCGGCGAUACCGCGUACAAUGGCUACAUUUCCUCAUGAGUGACAUCACUCAAUGCCGCGUGCGUCUUCGCGUAUGGUUACAGGAAGGCCUCGUCACCUGAGCUUGUACGUGAGUCCAGUCCAUCACACCGGUGAUUUCACAAAUCCUCUUUCGCACGCGUACGACGUAAGCUACCCGCUGCUUCGCGCUUUCGCAAGAACACACAAGCACUUACUCCUCGGUGUCCCGAUAUGGUGACCUACCGAUGGGUAUGUUUCCGAGUUGGAGCCACUAGACCGGGCGACGCUCCUCGCUUUCGAGAUCACCGUGAUCGCAGUGCGGUGCGCUCGUUACGGCUUCUAGAGCCUCGUGUCGAUCUCGGGGUGCUUCCGCGGCCGUCAGGCCUCAUUAACGCGGUGUGACCUUUGUACUUUCCGGCCCGGAUAGGCUGGCAAAUGGCCGAGCAGUUAUCAAAUCCAAAGUAGAUGGGUACCUGGACGACUUACCUAAAUGUCCCGACGUCCGUCACGACCUCCCACUGCGAUCUCUCCAUAACGGUAUAUGUGCAACUGCGACGAUAGACAUGCCGGCAAAGGAUUACGACCCGUCACAAGUCACGGACGAUGGUGACAUUGUAAUGAGAACGCGUUGCGCGCGGUUUCGUGCCGGUCGAGCGUCACGGUCCAGGAUCCUGGGAGCAAAGAGGGCUUUUCUGAUGAGAGGCGUCCCUUUGCCUCCGUGCUCCCUCGUCCCUCCCUGACGUCUACGUCUGUCUGGCAUGAGGCCGUCUCCCCCGGUGCGAUAUUAACUUUCUUCUCUCGGGGUCUUCUUUCUUCGCGACCGUGAAGACUACCGCGUGUGCUGGGCAUACGUCCCCUCCCGUCUGCUCUUCUUCAAUCCCUCCCUCUCUAACGCCACCCCUCUCUUCGCCCUCUACUUGUA